GGAAGGCGAGCGGCAGAGCGAGGGAGAGCGAGCGAUGCUAACGGGCAGCGAUAAAUCCCUCCCUCCCUCCCAUCCUCCACGCUGCCCCCAUUCACAAGGAGCGCCGGGGACGAGCCUGCAUUCACAACCCGGGGCCGGGCAGCCCCCCCGGGCUCCCCCUCGCCGCCCCGGCCCGGCCCCGCUCCCGCUCCCCGGGGCGCGGAGCACGGCCCGGCUGCGGGGCCGGCGGGGCGGGAGGCGCCCCGCAUCCAUGCUCGCCACCGCCCGCCCCUAGGUAGCCCCGGCUCCGGGCCGGCCGGUGCCCCGGGGCUGGCCCCGGCCGGGCUGGGCGCUCCGCGGGCGGAUGGACCGGCGGCGGCGGCGGGGAUUUUUAGAUGUGCCCUGAUGCCGCAGGGUCUCCUCGCUCCUGGAAAUGCAGCUCUCUUCCAGUGCGGCUGAACUCAGUUGUGACGAGACGAUGGACCCACCCGCUGAGGACUUCCAGCAGGUCCUGUCCAUUGACCAAAUCCGCUCCAUCCGUGCCAGCAACAACUACGUGGAGAGACCAGCUGCCUGCUUCCAGCAAGCCCGCUCCAACCCGUCCCUGUCCCAGCCGCCACACAAGCAAGAGUGGUCCCAGGACCGCCUGGUGUCUUCCACCUUCCAGGACCUGCACCGCAGCCACAGCCAACAGCACCAGAUGCCACCUUUGCAGCAACACAUGAGCCAUUCCAGCACGGCCAGCUCCGUCUCCCAAAGCACCACUGCCUCCGACCAGCGCCUCCUGAGCAGCCUCACGCCCUCCCACUCCGGGCACUCCCUCAUCCGGACGCAGCCCCAGGCCGGAGAGCUGAAACCGGAGGAGUCGCCGCUGAAGGGGGUGGCGGAGAAGCCCACCCUCCACACCGGCCACCUCUUCAUCUGCGAGGAGUGCGGGCGAUGCAAGUGCGCCCGCUGCACGGCCGCCCGCAGCCUGCCCUCCUGCUGGCUCUGCAACCAGCGCUGCCUCUGCUCCCCCGAGAGCCUCCUCGACUACGGGACUUGCCUCUGCUGCGUCAAGGGUCUCUUCUACCACUGCUCCACCGACGACGAGGACACCUGCGCCGACGACCCCUGCUCCUGCGGGCCGGGGUCCUGCUGUGCCCGCUGGGCUGCCAUGAGCUUCCUCUCUCUCCUCAUGCCCUGCCUCUGCUGCUACUUUCCUACCCUGGGGUGCCUCAAACUUUGCCAGCGGGGUUAUGACGGCCUGAAACGACCCGGCUGCCGCUGCCAGAGCCACACCAAUACGGUCUGCAGAAAGAUCUCCUCCUCCAGCGGCACGCCUUUCCCCAAGACGCUGGAUAAGCCGGUAUGACCCUCCCGGGGAGGAGAAGCAGGCGUUUACUCCUCUUCCUCCUCCUCCUCUCCCCUCCAUCCCCCUCCUCCUUCGGCUCCCUCCGCUCUGCAGUGCUCCCCGCUACCCACCAUCACCUCCCAGGAAUGAGACGGGUGAACUGGGGGUCCCCCAGCCUCUGGGAGCACGAAGGCGGCUGGGUGGCCGGGGGAGCUGGCACCAAGCUGGUGGGGAACAGUGAUUUUGCACACGCGGGUGAGGGACCAGGAGAAGCAGAGAGAGCUGUGGGUGCCCUCCCUGGCCGUGCCCCACGGGGAAGGGCGACCCGGGGGGCCCUCAGGACUCUGCUCUCAGGAGGUAUUGGGAGCUGCCGCUGCCCCAUGGUGCGGUCCCUCCCCAUGAGGGGAAGGGGCAGGUCGAUGCAUCCCCUGUGCAAGAGUCCUCCAGGAACCAGACCUCCUCCUCUCUCUCGUCAUCGCUCUCCAGCACUUCUCGUGGGUCGCCUUUCUCCUCUCACGUGGCCCCUCUCCCCAAGGGGCUGGGGUGCCGCGGGGUCCCACCAGUGGCAGUGGCUUCCCUCUGGGCUUGGGAGCCGCUGGGAGAAGCAAGCGAGCGUCAAAAUGAGGUGGCAUCGUAUUUUUUCUGUCUCAAAGAGGAAGGGAAGGUGUGGGAAGCUUUAGAAACCUUCUGGCAGGGGAAGGAGCUAUCGGAGGCAGCCCAGCCCACUCGCUUCUGCCCGACUGCAGCGAGGGAAAGGUCCCCUCUGGGAUUUGGCUGAGAACAAGAAGCUGGUUUGAAUUUGCCAUUCAUUUCUCAAUGCCUUGAAGGGCUGCCUCCGGAGCGCAAACCCUGGCGGGGUGGGGGCUGCUGCCCAGCUCCAUCCCACCACCGAGCAGAUGCCACAGGCACCGCCUCCGUGCUCGAGCCCCGAUCUGGUACCUUCCACCAGCACUGAAUUCACUUUAAAAAAACCACCCCAAACCCCAACUGCCAACAGCUGCCACUCGCACUGCUCUCCCCAUCAAUUAGCACCAAUCCCGGGGGACUCCGCGGCGGGGACUUCUGCAGCGCCUGCUUUGGGCUGGGGGGAAUCAGAGAGCAGAACGGGGUGUCAGAAGAUGGGAGCCCGACCUUCCCUCCCUGCAGGAGCUGCCUUUGAGUCCUCACCUCGCUUUCCUUGGCCCACCGGCGUGUCACACCAACACCAGCGUCACGCUGGCAGGCAAACCCUGCUGGCACUGCUGAGGGUAUUCUGCAACGCUGGCUGCCUGCGGCAAACCGGAGAUGGGUCUGAACCAAGCCCUGGGGCUGGGCCAUCUGCAGACCAGAAGGAAACCUGAAUCGGGGUCAGUGCUUCGCGGUUUACUUGCUGUGAUGGUAAUAAGCCCAACCCGUCGCUGCAGUUGGGGGCAGCUCCUCCUGGUCCUGGACUCGGCCCCAUCUCUGCUUGCAAACACACGGCGCCAGCUCUCAGCUGUGGCCCUGCUGACAUCGGCCGAUCGGUCGGGGUUGUUUGGAGCCGGGAUGAUGUCCCAGUGCUCGGCUCUGCCUGCCUCCGAGGUGUGCGAGUGCAGAGGGAAGUGAAUGGUUCCCCUGGAGAAAUGUACGCGACAUGUCCCUUGGCUUCCCCCGAGACCCCGUCGUCCAGGGCUCAUCCGUCGCCUUCCCUCAGCCACCUCUUUACGUAGAGUUCUGUGGAUCUAUUUUUGUAUAUAUAAAUAUAACGUUAGGAUGGCUAGGUCUAUUACUAAUAAUAUUCAUGAUACUGCUGUGAAUGGUGCCAGAUGCAAGGUUUGGCUUCCUGGUACAUUUGCACAUGCUGGAAGAUGAUUUCCCAGUCUGUUUAUUGCUAACCCUAGACCUUUAGUUCCUAAGUAGUCAGGAGAGGGGGAAGGGGAGGUUUUCAGGUUGUCCUGGGCUUUGCAGAGAGAAGGUAGGAUGUAGUGCUGGCUCUGGGGUGAGGCCUUUCAUGAUGGGAUUCCUCUUUCCAUACAUUUGCUAUCUAAAAAUCGCGGCCGAUCCAAGCUCCCUCUGUUGCAGAGAAAAGCGGUUCCAGAGAGUGACUCAUCCCACUUGAAAACAUUAUUCAUUAAAUUAUGUUCUGGCGGUGCAUGUCUCCCUUGACCCAAAUGGGACCCAAACACUGAACUCGCGGUUCCCGGUGGACGGGGAGAUGAAUCCCAUCCCUGGUGUGAAGAUUGUGCCUGGGGCACGUUAUGGACGUGACCAAAAUCCUCACCCUGAUUUCACCUAGAGCCUGAGGGGGGAUGCUGGAAGAUGCUUCCUCUGGCCAGAGGUGGAGAGCCCACUUCCAUCAGCUGUGGGGAGCUGAGGACGAUGCCCCGCGUUACAGCGAGGAUCUGCUGGCAUUAAGAAGGGAGAGGGCCAUGCCUGUGUGGUUUGCACAUCCUCUGAGGCCGGCCCUGCACCCUGAAAUCGUUUGGGUUUUAAGGCAAUUGCCCUCUCAGAGGAUGCCCUGUAGGUGUGCGUACCCCCAUACGAUCAGUCUCUGUGACAGGCGUUAUAAAUUAUACCGCAAACACACUUAUCCAUAUGCCAAUAAUUGCUUGGCCCGUGCGUCCAGAGCAGGGCAGCGGGGCUGGGGCAGGGUCUGGAGCACAAGUGUGCU